AUGACCUGCAAAAACCGCAAAAGUCAACUUGAUGACAAGUAUCAUCUACAUUUUGGGUUUGGUUUUGAUUCCAAGAACAACGAUUACAAGGUCAUUAGACUCAUGAUUCUUCGCGCUGAACAAGAUACCCCUCAUGUUGAGGUGUACUCUCUUGUUUCUCGUUCUUGGAGAAUUAUUGAUGUUACAGUUCCUCCAUUUUUCAUUUGUCAUUUACGCCAUUGGUUUACCCCUGUAACUGUGAAUGGGGCGGUACACUGGGUUGUUGGUCGUUGGAGAUGUGAUGGUUCAUGGUACAAAUCUAUUUUGUCAUUUGAUGUAAUUGAAGAGACAUUUGGAGAAUUAAUGUUACCACAACAGUCGAGGAAGGUUGAGUCAACAUUACUUGCUGUGGAAGGAGGCCAUUCGCUUUCCGUGGUGAAUCAUUUUAUGAAAAGGAGCCGACGGGUGUUCAGUGUUUGGGUGAUGAAAAAAUAUGGUAUUAUCGAGUCAUGGACUGAAGUAUUCCAAUGUGAUUCAGAAUGUUAUGGGGGCGUAUUAGACAUAUUAGCUCUAACUAGUGGUGGAAAAGUGGUUGUGAGACUUGCAAGUGAAGUUAUUACUUUAAUUGAUCCAAUCAAUGGAUCGUUGGAGCCUGUGGGACGUCAGGGAUAUUCUGAAGCUUAUGUUGGAUCUUAUGUUGAGAGUUUGUUCCUAAUAAACAAAGAACCUGAUGUUUUGUCUUUCUAA